AUUUGACCUUCAUUUUGAGUCUCAUGUCCAAAUAACCCAGACGUGUCUGCACCUCCCUUUCAUUGAGAAGUAAAGAAAUAGGCUGUGAUAUGUGAAACAAGACUUUCUUCUCUGCCAUGUCCGAGGAAGACAUACCUUGUAAAUCUCCGUAUGAACCUCGACCAAACCCUAUCCCUAACCCUAACCCUAACCCUAGCCCUAACCCCAACCCUGACAUUUCCAACGACGAUGAGAACAACAAUAGCAUCAACACUUGCGAGUCCUUGGGCACAGCAAUAUCCUCCAUGCUGGGCUCUGUAAUUAGGGACUUCGAUUCCAGAGCUGACGCCGUUAUUCGAAGCCAGGAUCACCUCUCUCUCGUCAUUGAUCGUCUCACCGGAGAGCUUGAUAAAUUAUUAGAAGAUGCACCCUUGCCAUUCAUUAUGCAACAUGCUGCCAAGAUUUCUGGUGUUAGAAAGAGAGUUUCAUCAUUGAAUUCACUUCUAAAAUCUAUACAGCGCCGUGUUGAUAAUAUCGAUGGAAUGCUAUCCAUGGGAUUGGCACAUGAGAAAACAAUCACAGCAAGUUCUGGACAUUAUUAACAUUCAUAUCUAUGAGAGGUUUCUUGUAAUAUGAGAUGCAAAUUGUUUGUCAAUUUAAUGUUUCCAACCUGCAAGGACCAAAUACUAAGAAGAAUGGGAAGAUAAUGUUCCAAGACGUGAUCAGGCAGUCUGGUUAUAAAUGUGAACUCUGACAACAAAGAAUUGGUUUCCAUUUCAACAGCUUGGAAAUGGACCUUAACCAGCUGACAUGAUAGCAAAAGCGGCUUUAUAACCUGAACAAUUCUAUUUGGCUUCGCUUGAUUUAGUUGUUUAAUUUGAUUUGGGUUUCUUAUUGUCUAAAGGAAGGGCCCAGUUAUCAAAACCCUGGAGGAAAUCUUUUUAUUCCCAGAUCUUGUAUGAUUGAUUUGUUCUCUUUCAAUUCAAUUGAUGUUUUAUUGGUGAGGUUUUGUA